AGGGGAAGAUUUAAUAUAUUCAGUGUUAUAAUUUGAUUGCGGCUACCAAUCACUCAACCUAUUAUAUCGACUAAUAGCGUCUUCUUUUGUAAUACAGCGGUAAGAUUUCAGCCUUGCAUGAAACUUUUUCUUUCAAAACAAAACCAACUAUAGCUGCUUAAUUUCGUAUGACGGUUUAUUUACGGUUACACGUAACUUUUGAUUUUCGACAUCGCCUAUUUCGUUUCGGAUUCAAAAACAAAUCGUUCAACACGGAUGAAUGCCGUGUCGUCUUUGUGCAUGGGUGAAUGAAUUGGUUGUUGCUCUAUAAAGAUGUGAUGGUGAAGCUUUUAUCAACUUCAAUCAUAGAUCAUGUUUGAAUGGUUAUGUACACCAGGAGUUAGUGAUAGCGCAUAACUGUUUAUACCAUGAGAUUUUACCAGCUCUUUUCAGUGAUUUUGAUAUGCUGGAAUGUUCGUGCCUCUUUAGACAGCGAAGGCAGUGGUAUAAAUCACGGCUACCCUUACAAUAUUGAUGUGCCCUCAGUUCUUCGUAAAUAUGACAUUUACGACACCGGCAAGUCUAUUGAAGCCAAGCGAGCUUCUGAUGAGAGUCAGCAGAGUGAAGAAGAUGAUGAAACGGACUAUGGAACAUACGAACAUGCUGAAAGUCAUCGUGAUUAUGAACGAGAGUAUUUGAAUUGGAAUUGGCGAAGCUAUGACCAAUCAAACGUUUAUCAAGCCAGAGGGAAAACGUGCAAAACAAAGGAGUGUUACAGCGCUGCUGAGGAAGUAAAAAGUGGCCUUGACAUGUCCAUAGACCCUUGUCAAGAUUUCGAUAGAUUUGCAUGCGGCGGAUGGCGAUCUCACAAUCCUAUCCCCAAGUCCCAGUCUCAGUGGACACAAUUUACGAAACUCUGGCAACAAGAGGAAGCGCUUUUGAGGGAUCUUAUCGAAAGACAAGCUAAUAGUUCAGCCAAUUCCUCAGCGGCACUUGUCUACGCUUGGUAUUCUUCAUGUUUAAACGAAACAGAGAGAAAGAAGAGCGGUGAUAAACCCUUACUUGAACUUAUAUUACAACUUGAUUCCUGUCCGCUUAUCAGUCCAAGCACGUGGUCCCCGCAUCGCUGGUCGUUCGUGGAUCACUUUGUCUGGCUCAACCGCCUAGCAAUUCAUCCAUUUUUCUUCAAAAGUAUUGUUGACGCUGAGUCCUUCGCAGAUGUUGUUGGAGUCUCCAGGUUUCUACAUCGCCAGUGGAACAUAUUACAAAGAAGUGCGAAAAGCAUACAUCAAAAUGAUGAUUCAUCUUUUUUGAAGCUUCGAGAAUCUCUUGGUCUGUCUCAUAUAAAUUCUGUUUAUUCAUUUCGAAAUAUGAUCGUGAAUAUUUUGAUAUUGGAAAGCAAUAUUGCAAAGGUGUUGCUUCGCUGGAAGAUGCCGACUUACCAAAAAAUGACUUUGAAUCGAUUACAACGUGAGAUUCCAGAGUUUCCGUGGAAGCUUUACAUUCAGAAGUUGUAUUCCAACAUCACUCAGAAGAAACCGAUUACCGGGGAUGAGAUGAUUGGAGUAUCAAAACUGGGUGCAUUGAAAAGAAUCGCGCAUAUUUUGAGAUUUACACCAAAAUCGAUAAAAGCAAACUUUUUAAUGUGGAACAUUGCUUACCACUUCUCGGGGGAUAUCAGCUCAGAUUAUGAAAUUGUAAGACAUCGCUUUGUCGUCGCGAUGUAUGGUAAUCAGCAGCGCAAGGCCAGGUGGCGUGAAUGUGUAUCAUCCACAAGCGCAGCUCUUUCAAUGGCCCUUGGCAAAUUAUUUGUCGAAGAGCAUUUUGACAUGCACAGUAAAAAUAGAGCGGAAAAAAUUAUUGAGGAUAUCCGACAACAGUUGAUGAAAGAUUUUGAGAAUAUAUCAUGGAUGGAUAACACUACAACAAAGAAUGCCAAAGAGAAGGCAGAAGCAAUUGUUAAGAAUAUUGGAUUUCCAAAAUUUAUUUUGAACGAUACCUUGGUUGGAUAUUACUACAGUGGAAUGUCAUUCAGCCCGGAGAAGUUUUUGAGGAACAUUAUAGUGCGUCGUAUAGUUAUAUCACGGAAUACAUUGAUGUCUAGAGAAAUAAAACCCAAUCGAGCAAGAUGGUCGAUGGCUCCACAGGAAAUCAAUGCCUAUUACAGUCAGGAAUACAACAAGAUAGUAUUUCCAGCUGGAAUUCUGCAGCGACCAUUUUGGCAUGCUUCCUAUCCGAUGUCAAUGCAGUACGGUGGUUUGGGAUAUAUUGUGGGCCACGAGAUUAGUCAUGGAUUUGAUGUCAGCGGAAUGCACUACGACAAGAACGGAAAUUAUAUUAGUUGGUGGACUAAGUCAUCGAAAUAUGCCUUUUUGAUGAAAUCCCUGUGCUUGAGAGACCAAUAUUCAAACUACACGAUCUUUGGGAAACACAUGAAUGGGAUUGCAACUUUGGGCGAAAAUAUUGCAGACAACGGCGGAAUACGCUUGGCUUAUAAGGCAUAUCAAAAAUGGAAGAAAGACAAUGGCAGCGAUGAACAACUUUUGCCGGAUUUCCCUUUUACAAACGAACAAUUGUUUUUCCUGAAAGGUGCACAGAUGUGGUGUGCUAAUAUCCGCAAGAAAGUUGCUCUUAACAUGAUCGAUACUGAUGAACAUACGUUGAAAAUGUUCAGGAUCAUUGGUCCGUUUUCCAACUCAGAAGCGUUCUCAAAGGCUUUCAAAUGUCCGCCAGGAAAGCGAAUGAAUCCUGUAAAAAAAUGCCGCGUUUGGUAGAGGAAUAUUUUAAAUGAAAGAUAAAUUAUAUUUUUGACGUAUCAA